AUGGUAAGCAAAAAGAAAACAACAAUUAUUGAUAAUUCAAAGAAAAAACAAGAUCAACUUUUGAAAGAUUUAAAAAAGUUAGAGGAGCAAUUAUAUAAGUAUGAAACUGAAUUAUUAGCAAAAGAAUUAAACUGUGAUCCAAAAGAUAUUCCUGAUAAUUUUCGAAUUUAUUCUGGUUCUUCAGCUACCUAUAUGAAAGAUCAAGAAACAAUAAAAAGUAUUCAUAGUGCAGAGGGUAAUGAACUUCUUCAAAUGAUAAAAAGGAGAAGAGAAUGUAUUGAAAAUUUGGUUAAUUUAGAGAAUGAAAUUACUAAACUUGAAAGUAAAUAUUUUGAAGAAUCACAUGAUUAUGGAAAUAUGAUUAAUGGUUUUCAUAAAAUGACAUCGACAUCUACCUCUAGAGGUGUUAAUAUAAGAUAUGAUAAAAGAAAAAAAAAUGUUCAAACAUUAGAUAGAAUUAUAUCAUUAAGUUCACUUACAUCGCCAUUGUCAAUUAAAACUUCUGUAGCUAUACCAAAAAAUUUGAUGGAACAGGGAUCAAGUAACUCGAAUAAUCCAAUUCUUCUAGCAGAUGGUGAUAAUGAUUCUAUACGAUCAAUGCCAAUAAAUAUUUUAGAUAAACUUAUGCAACGAGAAUUUAAUUAUGUUCUUUCAAAUGAUCUUGAUAUUCCUUUAUCAAUAAAUAUUUUAUCACUUGAAUGUGCAAAGGAAAGAAGUUCAUAUAUGAGAAUGUAUCCUAACAUUCUUAAUGAAAUUACUGGACAAAUGUUUUUAAAAGUUUCAUUAUUUUCAAAUGGACGAUUAGUAGGAACAACAAUGCCAACAAAAUAUGUAACAAAUACAAAAGAAUCUACAUCAGGAAAAAGUGAAAGUUUAUCUUCAGGAAAAAUACAAACAUGGAAUGAAUGGAUGAAAUUUCCAAUUAAAUAUUCUCAACUAACACGAGAUGCAUUUGUUCAUUUCUCUGUAUGGGAUAUUUCUAGUUCAGAUUGUAAAGAAAUAUUUAUUGGAGAAACUAUUAUGACGUUGUUUUCUAAAAGAGGAACAUUUAGAAGUGAUAUAAUUGAUUUAAGAUUAGAUCCUGCAAAAAAAGGUGAAACAAAGGAUAAUCCUUGGAAAAUGUCACCAAAAAAUGCUUUCAAAUUAGCUAAAUAUCCACAUGGUGAUGAAAAAAUGAAUGAAUUGAUGAAAAAAUCUAAAAUGCAUCUAAAUGGAUUAAUGAAACGUGUACAUUUCUUAGAUAAAAUAUCAUUAAAUGAAAUUGAACAAAUUAAGGCUGACAAAAAAAGAAAAUGUAAUUGGUUAUAUUUAAGUAUUAAACUUCCAACAUUUACAUAUGAUACAAAUCCAUUUACAUUAGUAUUUUACCAAGAAGAACCAAUAUUAUCUCAUCCAUUUAUGCCUUUUGUUAGUGCUUAUGUUGAUCCAGAACAAGAUUUAGAAAAUUUAUAUGAAUCACGUCAUCAUGAAAUGACUAGAAAUUGUCAAGGUGAUGAUAGGAAUUUAAAACCAAGUGCCCAAAUGAAACAUUACUUAGAGAGAAUAAUUAAAAAACCUAGUUGUGUACCAAUAACUUCUGAAGAAAGAGAUUUAAUUUGGAAAUUUAGAUAUUGGUUAAUGAAAUUUCCAUCUGCUUUAACAAAAUUUGUAAGAUGUAUUAAUUGGGAAAUUGAAAAUGAAGUUAAACAUGCAAUAAAAUUUAUUAAUGAAUGGGCAUUAUGUGAUGCUGCUGAUGCCUUAGAAUUAUUAAGUGAUCAAUUUAUUCAUCCUUUUGUAAGAAGUUAUGCUGUUGCAAGAUUGCAAGAAGCAGAUGAUUCUAUAAUUUUAUUAUUUUUACCACAACUUGUUCAAAGUAUACGAUAUGAAGUUAAUGUUUUUUUAAUUUUAACUUCAAAAGAUUUAAAUAUUGAGCAGACUUUUGAAGAUCAUGGACUUGCUUCUUUUUUAGUUGAUAAAUGUACUAAAAAUAGAGAAAUAGCUAUUUUAUUAUAUUGGUAUUUAAAGGUAGAAAUUGAGGCAAAUGAACGUGUUGAUAAAGCUGUUUCUGAUUUAUUUAAAGAUGUUUUAGAUAAAAUGUUAUUAGCUUUAGAUGAAUUAGGUUCUACAGGAAGGGAAAUAAAAAUGACUAUAGAACAUCAACUUAAGCUUGUUAAUGGACUUGAAAAUUUAGGUAAAAAUAUUGCAGAUGAAAAUGGUAGAUUAGAUUAUAAACGUGAUUUAUGUAUUCAAAGACUUAGUGAAGAUGAAACAUUUACAAAAUUACAUAGUUUAAGUUUACCACUCGACCCCAAAGUUACAGUAUAUGGAAUUAUUCCUGAGGAUACAAAACUUUUUAGUUCAAAACAAAUGCCAAUGAAAUUAACAUUUGCUACAAAUUCUCAUUAUUUACAUGAGAUUAAUAGUGCUAAUGAUAAUUAUACAUUAUUAUAUAAAAGAGGUGAUGACUUACGACAAGAUCAAUUAGUUGUUCAAAUGAUAAAAGUUAUGGACAUGCUUUUGAAAAAAGAAAAACUUGAUUUGUGCCUUACACCUUACUCAGUAUUAGCAACAAGUCCAACAGAAGGAUUUGUUCAAUUUAUCAAAGCAUAUCCAUUUCGUGAAGUAAAUAAUCAAGGUGGUAUUAGGGCAAUGCUUAAAAAAUAUAGACCAGCUAAAACACCAGAAGAUAUUGAAAUUGAAGCUUUAAAUAAUUAUACAAAAAGUUUAGCUGGAUAUUCUAUUAUAUGUUACAUUUUAGGUAUAGGUGAUCGUCAUAUGGAUAAUCUUCUUUUAUGUGAAAAUGGACGUGAUCCAAAACCUUUUCCACCACCAAUGAAAUUAAAUUCAGAUAUUAUGAAUGCUUUAGGUGUUGAAAAUAGUGAUCGAAGGAAGAUGUUCGUUACUUAUUGUUAUUCUGCAUUUUGUAUAUUACGCAGAAAUGCUAAUUUAAUUUUGAAUCUUUUUCAAUUAAUGUUAGAUGCCGGAAUCCCAGAUAUUGCUGUUGAAAAGGAUAAAGCUGUUGAAAAAGUUCUACAUAGAUUUCAUUUAGAUUUAGAAGAUGAUGAAGAAAAAAUAUAUUCAAAAAUAAAUUCGCUUAUAAAUGAAUCUACUAGUGAUAGAUUUGCAGCUAUUAUGGAUGUUGCUCAUGAUUUUAAACAAAAUUACCUUAAUUAA